AUGUGGGAGAUGCAAAUGAAAGGCCACGCACAGAUAAGACCAAGUGGCGCAACCGUGGCGUCCGUGGGGCUGUGGGUCUUGGUAACGGUGAGAGUGGUGGUGGACCUGGGAGUGGCUGAACCCCGGCGCUGCCUCCUGUCACCCUACCGCCGGCUGGACCCCAGGGCGCUGGCAGCGGUCGAGGCCCUGAGGGACCACUACGAGCAAGAGACGCUGAGCUGGAGGCCACGCAAUUGCUCCUUCCGCCCAAGGAGGGACCCCCCGCGGCCCUUGACCUGCGCGCGACUCCGCCUUGUGGCUCGGGACCUCUCGGACGCCCAGGCGGUGUUGAGCAGCCUCCCCAGCCCCGAGUUGUUUCCUGGCGUCAUCCCGACCCUGGAGCUGCUGGCGGCCGCGCGGAGGGACGUGGUGGCCUGCCUGGAGCUGGUGCGGCCAGGUUUCUCGAGGAAGUCCCUCUGGCCACCCAGGAGGCGCCCGAAAACACGGAGAGCUGCGAGUGGAGUCGGCGGUGAAGCCCGUGGACGUCACGGGAGGAGCGGUGGGGAGACGAGUGAGUGGAGAUCCGCCUGGAGCACAGGGUCCACUGGUGACCAACGGAGGAGGAUUUCUCGGGAAGAAAUUCCUGCCUCAGCCCCGCUCUGCUUCCUUCUGGGGUUCCAGGACUCGCCUCGAUGCCACGAAACCAGCGUCAUCUUCAACCUCCUGUGCCUGUUCACGUGGGGCCUGAGGCUGGGGGCGCACUCGGGGCCUUCUCUCUGA